AUGGCUAGUCAAGCAAGUAGAAUGGAAAGUAAAUUAUAUACAAGUCAUUUAAUGAAUUCAUCAACAACUCCAACUAUUACAACUAAAUCUACAUUACCCAUUAUUGAUCAAGAUGGAUAUACAAGGAGUUAUUUUAAAGAACCUAUUCCAUCAUCAUCAUUAUUCUCAUCAACACCAUUGUUCACUUCAACUCAUCCUAGAAUUGUAUCAUCAAAAGAUAUUGGAAAUAAUAAUAAUAAUAUAAAUGAUAAUACUAUUGAAACAUACACUAAACGUACUAUUCAUAGUAAUGAAUUAGGAUCUAGAUUAUCACCAAUAAUAACAAAUAGACAAUCAAAUGAAUUCAUGAUGAAAUCUACGGAACCAUCAUCACCAAUAGUGGAUUAUUUAUUAUAUGAUGCACCAGCAUGGAUGAGACAAUCUAAAAUAAAAAAUCAUAAAGUAAUUAGUAGUGUGAAUAGUAGUUCAACAAUAUCUUCUAAUAUUAUAACAACAACAACAACAACAACAACAACAACAACAGCGACAGCGGCAGCAGCAGCAGUCGCAGCGAGAACACCAGUAAUGACAACAAUAUCACCAUCAUCUAAUGUAACUCAUAUUGUCAGUGAUACAAAACCUAAUACAGAUAAUAUUACAAUUAUACAUAAGGAGAAUGUAAAGAAUAUGAAUUCUGGUAGUCGAAUAACAAUACAAUCCGAUUUAAAUAAUAAUAAUAACAAUAAUGAUCAUUUUAUACGAUCAUCAAGUCCUCGAUCGAAUGGAUCAUUUCGAUUUGUAAAAUCUGGAUCACGUAAAUUUCCAGAAAUGAAUCCAAAACUUAAUCCUCCUUCAUACAUGCAGAAACUGGAUGAUGUUCUUGUUGAAAAUGAAAUGAACACUGAAUCAUUUAAAACAAUAAAAAAAUCUAAUAAAUUCAAUCUAAACAAAAAUCCUAAUCAUGAUGAAGAUUGGACUGUUCAUGAUGGAUCCCGUAGAUUUACACCAAUUUUAUCAUCACCUAUAUCAAUCAAAACACCACCACCACCACCAUCUCAAUUCCAAUCUCAAUCCCAAUUUAGACCCUUAUCACCACCGCUACCACCAAUACCCCCAACAACAACAACAACUAUACCAUUAAUUGAAAAAAUUAAUCAAUUAACUAAUAUCAAUAAAUUCAAUGAAAUUAUUCAACCAAAUUAUAAAGAAAAUCUAUUUACUGAACAAAAAUCAAUAUGGAAUAAAAUGAAUAAAACAUUAACCCAAUUCAAUGAACAAUUACCUAAUUAUUCAAAUAAAUUAAAUCAUCAACGUAUUAUACAUAGUACACCAUGUAGUCCUACUAUCGAAAGAAAUAUCCUUAUUAAACCUAUUCAUAAUCAUGAGGAUGAUGAUGUUAUAUUAAGAAAUCAUAAAAAAUCAUCAAUUGGUUUACCACCACGUCCAUUAAGAUCACCAAUUAUACGUUUAAAUGGUCGAUCUAUAUCACCAAUUCAUUCACGUAUAUCACCAUUACCAUCUUGUAUAAAUAAUGAAGUAACUAAAACUAAACAAAUUGAUCCUAUUACUGGUGAAAUUCAAUAUAUCACAUCUAGAACAAGAUCAUAUACUGAUUUAAAUACUAAUCAAUUAAUUACAGAAAUAGAAGAAAAUAUACAAGGUGAAGGAGAUACAGAAGUAAGAGUUGUUCGAAGGAAAACACGUAAAAUAAAACCGAAUACUUGUAGAGAAUCACGAAGUGUGGAUAGUUCAGGAUUUCAACGUGAUUCAAGAACUCAUCAACGUACAGAAGAAACAAAAACUGAAAAACAUAUUGAAGAAGAGUUAAAUUAUCAAUGCUCUUCAACGAAAGUUCAACCUCAAAGAACAUCAAGUCAGAUGAAUAUUAGUGGACCUAGUACAAUGACUAAAACUGCAUGGUUGUCAGAAACCAAUUUAAGGAAUAGUUCAACAUGCAAACAACCACCAAUGUAUUCAACUUAUUCAGCUCAUAAAGAAAAUAUGAGACGAAUGCAAGAACAAAGAAGAACAACAGAAGAUUGGCAAGCUUCAAAUAGACAAUUACAUGAUUCCAGAUCAGUGGGUAGUCGAGCUGUUUUAGAAGAAAUGGAAACGAUUACAUUACAACCAAUUGGUCGUGGUGUACACGAUUUGGAACCACCAACUGGUUCUAUAGCUAGAUCAGUUCGUGCUACAACACCAAGUGGUUUAUCAACAUUUCCAACAUUGUUUAAUCGACCUCAUUCAUCCGCUGGAAGAAUAGAUCUAUCAAUAUCAGGAAUAAAACGAUCUAUUAGUAAAGAUUAUUAUAGUCCAAUAAGAAUGCAACGUAGUACUAUUGAUAUACCAUAUAGUCAAACUACACAAUCAUUAUUAAGUCCAUCUAUUAAUCGACGUUUAGUUGGUUUCACUAAUACUGGUCAUUCAUCACGAAUUUCAAGUAUCAAUAAAACUGUACUACCUAUCAUCCAUCAUCAUGUUCAUCAUCCUCAUCAUAAUAAUCUAGUGUAUAAUAGUAGUCAUGGUAAUAAUAAUAACAGUAAUAAAUGGAAUUCUAUGGAUCAUCAAUCAUUGGAAUUAUUAAAUCAAACAUCUAUGAAUAGGAAUUCAUAUGCCAGGCAAACUCUUACACAGAAUAUUCAAGAAAUGACACAGAAACAACGAUUAUUAUUAUUAUCAUCAUCAUCUAAUCAACAAUAUUAUCCAUUAUCUAGUCAUAAUAAUAAGUUAGCGAAUAGAUCAUACGCUCCUGGAUUAGAACAACAAGAUGGUUUCCGUACAAUUGCAACAACAAAUUAUCAUCGUGAAAUGCAUACAUCUGGACCACAAUCACCAUAUCUUGGGACAAUCAGACAUAAUUCACAAUAUGAAGCAACACCAAUAGUGAAUCGAUCAGUAGUUCAACAAUCUGUUAUACCAUUUUCACCAAAUGGAAGUUUAUCUGGAACGAAUAUUGGUGUUGAUAUUGUCGAUGGUGAUACAGUUGGAAUGCGUCAAGUUCUUGAUACAUCUAAAUAUUGGUAUUUACCAGGAAUCUCACGUCCUGAUGUUAUUGCAUUAUUACGUGAUAAAGAACCUGGAACUUUUGUUAUACGUAAUAGUAAUACAUAUGCUGAUAGUUUUGGUUUAGCAUUGAAAAUUCCUCCAAAUUCACCUAGAGUUAUAUCGAAUAAAGAGGAUAUUCAAUCUGAAUGGGUACGUCAUUUUCUAAUUGGUACAGUACCUAUGCAUGAUGGUCGUGGGAAUGGAGUACAUUUACGUGGUUUCUCUAGUGAUCCAACAUUUCCAAGUUUAGCAGCAUUUGUUCAUUAUCAUAUUCAUAAACAAGGUGCAUUACCAUGUACACUUCGUCUUCCAAUAUUUACUAAUCAAACAUUAUAUAAUCAACAAAGAACUACUAUUAAUGAACAAACAGUUUAUGGAUUAGAACCUUCAUUACAGACAAUAUUACCAACUACUAAUACAAUGAGUACGGAUAUGCUUUAUCUUGGUUCUGUUGAAGUUGAUCGUCUUGAAAAUAUGAAUGCAGCAAUUCGUGGAAUUGGAAAAAUAAUAAGUUUAGCACAAUCAUAUACAGAUGGUUUACCAAAACGAUGUGAAGUUCAAAUUAAAGUUAUACCACAUGAAGGAAUUACGUUUACGGAAAAAUAUCGACGUGCAGUUUGGAGAAAAACUAUUAAACCUAAUAAUUUACUUUGGUGUGGUUUAGAUCCAGAAAAUCGAGAAUUUAAUGAUGCGGAAUUACGAUCUAAAGGAAUGUAUGGUUCAAAAAUAUUUGCAUUAGUUGCACGUAAACAACGUUUCUGGUUACAUGAUAAUGUAGUUUAUGUAUUUUGUGAAAUUGAUCAUAAUCAUUCAGCUAUUCAAUUAGUACGUUUUAUUAAUUCUAUCUUUCCUGGUUUAAGGGAUUAA